AUGUCAACUUCAGUGGUGCCCACGGCCACGCACGAAGAAGUACAGCCAAACCCCUCUGCAACCGGAUUUUAUCCACGAAAAUGCUGGAUCUGCCAACAAGAUGAUGCAGAUGACACACCAGAGAACUCCACGUGGAGAAAGCCGUGCCCAUGUUCUCUCACAGCUCAUGAUACCUGUCUAUUGGAAUGGGUAUCAAACGAAGAAGCACCUAAGCCUGGAGAAAUAGCCCGCAAACGCCAGAUUCAAUGUCCUCAAUGCAAAGCAAGGAUUAAUAUUCAGCAACCCCAGGAUUACGUUGUAGAUGCCGUGGAGAUGUUCAAAAGGCUUAGUCGGACCAUCUUAGUUCCAGUAGCAGCAACUGCUUCUGUUCUAACAUGCACCUAUGCGGGCUUGUUACUAUACGGUAUGAAUGUUAUUAGGGUUGUUUUUGGCGAUGCCGAAGCCCAAAAAUUGUUACAGUCACAAGCUCGCCCGACAGGGAUAAUGUGGACGGUAUCUCAAUUAUUCGUUGGUACAAUGAAGUCUUUCAGUCCUCUCAUUCCAACAUUUCAGGCUUACAGUAUAUCAAAAGUCUUUGUCGGCGUCCCUUUGAUUGCUCCCUCACUUGUUCUUCUAAGAACUAGAUGGGCUGAUAAAGCUUUUGCAUUUGUCUUACCUUGGUAUUUUCUGAAUCCAGCCAAUCAAAAGAUCGCAUGGCCACCACCGCCAGGCCUCGCUUUUGCGACAAUACCUUACAUCAAAAAAGCCUAUGAUGAAAUAUACAAACAUAUUUUCCAAGAGAUGGAAUACAAGUGGGAGAUAGCAGUUCAGCGUAGGCCUCGUGUUGGUGAGACAACGGAGCAAAUAGGGUUGGAAGCUGCAAGAGAGGAUGAUGACACGUUCUUCGAGGUUCGCGUUGAGUUAGUAGAAGAUGGCGAUCUCAGAGCAGCGGAGCUUGAAGAAGAUUUGCCCGAAAUACCAGAAACAGAUCACAAUCAGCGGAUACAAGGCUUACCAGACUCUCACGAACUUGUCGAUGAAUCACAGAGCUAUGAAGGUCCAGAAUUGGUACAUGAGAUCGUCGAUGGUGAUGAAACCCAUGCAAAUUUAAACGAGCAAGAAGAAUGGGAUCAUCAUCUUAUGAUCACGGAUAUAGAUGAAUUGAAUGAUGAAAUUGAAUCUCAACUCGAUGAAUACUAUGCCGGCGAGAUUGGAGUCGAACAGCUUGAAGAAGAAACUUUUGGGUUUGACGUCUUAAAUCAAGCUCACGAACAUCCUCAAAUCGCAGAAGUUGUUGUUCAUGAGCAAGAGCCAAUUGUUCAUCACUAUUCUGCCAGCCAAAUUGCUGCUCUGGUAGUAGGUGCCCUCUCCUUUCCUUUUAUUGCAACAGCUGCCGGUGAUAUUCUCAAUCACUCACUACCUUCAACCUUUGUUACAACAAGUUUAGGCUAUUCAUGGCGGAACAGAGUUGUAAAGAGGGGACUCAUGACUGAGAAAUGGGGUCGUACGAUUGUUGGUGGCUGUAUGCUUGUUCUGCUCAGAGACGCGGUAACUUUAUACUGUAAAUGGAAGAGAGCUAGAGAUUUUGGAAAGAGGGUUAUUCUAGAUUACGCCGAAAAGAAAAAAUCCACUUGA